AUGGUUAGCAUCAAAUCUAUCCACACUGUAAUUCCGACUGAAGCUACCCCUAAUGCCACUUUGUUGCUCUCUGAGAGUGAGCAAAUCAAAUCUCAUACUCAUGCACUCACAAUUUACAUUUACCGCACAAAUCACGAUCAUAACCACCACAAUAUCAUUGAUACAAUCAAACACUCUCUUGGCAACAUCUUAAUUCUUUACUACCCUCUCGCCGGCCGCCUUCGCAUGAUUCAAGGCGGAAGAAUGGAAAUUGACUGCAACGGGAAGGGUGUAAUGCUGUUCGAAGCGGAGUCCCGGAAAACAUUGCAAGACUACGGUGAUUUCAUGCCCACCACCGCCUUGCGGCCGCUUCUUCCGACGGUUGAUUACCGUGAGCCUGUGGAAAACAUUCCUCUUGUUCUGGUGCAGGUGACGAGAUUCGCGUGUGGUGGUCUGUGUGUUGGGUUUGGAGUUUCCAAUGUCGUUGUGGAUGGAAUCUCUGGUACUGUCUUCGUUGACGCUUGGGCUAAGCUUGCUCGAGGUGGCACUUUGGGAGAAGAUGAGAAGCCAAUUCUUGAUAAAAUGGUGAUUCUGAAAUCUGAGUUUACCGCACCGCGUUUUGAGCACCGUGAAUUCAAGCCACUUCCGCUUAUAAUUGGUAGCUCUGACGCCAGUGAGGAGAGCAAGAAGGAGACAGAUCUUGCAAUUCUGAAACUUACAAGGGAGAUGGCAGAGAAGCUGAAGAAGAAAGCCAAUGACGACGGAUGCUUGGAAUUUGGUUACGAGGAGGCAGUUACCCCGCAGAAGCACCAUCGACCCUACAGCAGGUACGAAAGCAUUGCUGCUCAUAUCUGGAGGUGUGCAUGCAAGGCACGCUACGUGGAUCACAACCAACCCACGGUGGUCCUCACUGUUGCCGGCGUCCGAAACAGGCUAAAGCCACCUCUCCCUCUAAACUAUUUCGGGAACGCGACGCACCCAACUGUGUCACCCACAUGCCACAGUGGGGAUAUUGCUUCAAAGCCACUAAGAUAUGGUGCGCAAAAGAUAAGAGAAGCGAUCGAGUUGCUGACAGAUGAGUACCUGAGAUCAGCCUUUGAGUUCAUUGGGAGCCAGGACGAUGUAGGGUGGCUGAGGCCAAAGCUUAACAGUGAACCGCCUUUUCUUGGGAAUCCAAACCUCAACAUUUGGAGUUGGAUGAGUAACAUGCCUACCUAUGGACCUGAUUUUGGAUGGGGAAGGCCGCUGUAUAUGGGACCCUGUGAGGUCGUCGGAGACGGCAGGGCGUUUAUCAUGCCAGCUCCCACCGGAGAUGGGACUCUUUCCGUUGUCAUUCGCUUGCAGACUCCUCAUCUUCAACCAUUUGAGAAGUUCUUCUACGAGGACAUAUAG